GUGGAGCUUAGUAAGGAGAAAAAUGAAAAACCCAAUCGCAAACUCGCAUGGACAUGUAGUUACAUAGGUAUAUGUGUGUGCUCAAAAUUGUGACAGUAUGUAAUUAGUGGAAGUCUGUGGUUGGAGAGGAAAUACGUGAUGCAGAGAUAUGACUUAGUCUGUGGUUGUAUAUGCAUGCGGUGUCACAGUAAUAUAGGUUAUGAUGACCGUAAAAUUAACAAGUUGACUGACUCUUGUGCACCAUGUGGCUGUCUACUCUGUUCUGGAAACAGAAUCCGUUUGGGAGCCGCCGCUGAAGGCAGGGCCCCUUGCUCGGACAGGGUGACAACAUUGGAGAAGACUGUGAGGGAAUUUGCCGAGCAUCCAGGGGACAUAGUGAUGAUCAAGCCAAAAAUCAGAACAACCUUCGACAGUCUGGGUGAAGCUUAUGACUUUUACAAUUUGUAUUCAUGGGAGAAAGGAUUUGCAAUUAGAUACGGGAAGAGCAGACUAAAUGUGAACAGGACAAAAUGCAUCCAAGAGAUCGUGUGUGGAUGCGCGGGGAAGCCGGUAGUUGAAAAUACUCGUUCUUGUCGCUGUGAAUGUCCGGCACUAGUGAGAUUACUGCGGUCCAAGGACAAUGGGUGGUACAUAGCUGAGCAUCGAGAUGGGCACAACCAUUCUCUGUCGCAGACUUACGGCCAAACAAUACACUGGCCGUCACAUAAGCAUAUCGAUGUGUACAGCAUGGACCUAGUGAAGCAGCUGCGGCAAAACAAUGUUAACCUAGCAAAGGUGUAUGGCAUUAUCGGGAGCUUCUUCGGUAAGAUGGAGAAUGUACCAUUCACGGAAAGAGCACUGAGAACUUUGUGUGGCAAGAUAAGCCGUGAGCAGUCCGAAGAUGAUGUGAGGAAGACAAUGGAAGUUUUCCAGGAGCUGUGUUCAAAGGAUCAACAAUUUACAUAUCGGGUACAAGCUGACAAUGAGGGCAGAAUAAGCAACCUAAUGUGGGCUACGGGAAAUAGCAGGCUGCAGUACAAUUUCUUUGGUGAUGUAGUUACAUUCGACACAACCUACCGUACCAAUCUGUACGACAUUCCCUUUGGUUUAUUUGUUGGGGUUAACAACCAUUUCUAGAGCAUCAUUCUAGCAUGUGUGCUUGUUAGGCAAGAGACAGAUAGAAACAUUUGAAUGGGUUUUCUCGGAGUUUGUUAGAUAAUGGGUGGUAGGGCGCCAGAAACAAUUCUAACUGACCAAAACAGAGCAAUGGAGGUUGCAAUAAGGAAUGUGAUGCCAGACACAGCUCACCGCUGGUGCAAAUGGCAUGUUCUUAAGAAGGCAAAGGAGUCGCUUGGGCCAUUGUACUCAAAAAAUAGUGAUUUCCGACCAGAGUUCCACAAGGUUGUCAACCACAUGCUAACCAUAGAUGAGUUUGAAGAAGGUUGGAAGUACCUUGUUGAUAAGUACAACUUGAAAAGUCACGAUUACAUGACUAAUUUGUACGAGAUACGGCACAAGUGGGCAAAGCCGUACUUCAAGGGUGUGUUCUGCGCAAAAAUGACUAGUACUCAACGGAGUGAAAGCGCGAACCACAUGUUGAAGAACUACGUGCCACCCGGUUGCCCAAUGCACAUCUUUGUGAGGAAGUAUAUGAGUUUGAUUUUUGACAGGGAGUCAGAGGAAAAUUACGAGGAGAAGCGGACAGCAAUUGGGAGGCCACUUAUGCGUGCAAACAUGGCAACAGAAAGACAUGCUGGUCAGAUAUACACUAGAGCUAUGUUCGAACAAUUUGGGCAUAUACUUUACGAGUCUGGUGCAUAUCAAGUGGAAGAGAUCGAAAAGGGUAAAGAGUAUGUUGCAAUACAUACAGACGCUGCACGGAGGGAGAAAUGGUGCAGAACUUCAUACAAUGUGACUGUGCUCGAAGGAGGGGGGAGUUUGAUUGUGAGUGUCGUCAGUUUGCACACAUGGGGCUGCUAUGUAGCCACAUCCUGAAGGCCAGAAUGGGCGACCAAGCGGCACAGUCCGUUUAUUCCCAUCUGACCCGCCACCUAGCUAACUGACGGAAUUACCUGGCAAGUGGGCCAACCGCUAUUUUGUGAAAUAACAGCGCGGACCAUAUACGACCUCAUAUACCUAUUCCCGCCCAGAUCACGAGGGGAAUAAAUGGCACAGAUAACAGGAGCCUGUGAGCCCGGGCUCACAACAGCAUUUUCAUGGAAUAUUGCUCUAUAUAGCAAGUACAGUCAUACUACUAUGUUGAUUCAGUGAACCAACAAGACAUUUUGCACUAUAUGUACCAAAUUGUAAUGAGCAAAAU